CGGAAGCGGCGGGGUCCUAAAGCUCCCAGAGCUGGUGGGUCCAGACCAUGGGGCAGCCGUGGGCUUCUAGGAACACAGAGACGCCUGUGCGGCUCCCUCUGGUGCUCACGACGCUGUGGGCUGCCGCGGUGGUCCUAGAGCUGGCUUAUGUGUUGGUGCUGGGUCCCGGGCUGCCCCCGCUGGAACCCCUAGCCCGGGCCUUGCAGCUAGCGCUGGCCGCCUUCCAGCUGCUUAAUCUGCUGGGCAACGUGGGCCUGUUCCUGCGCUCGGACCCCAGCAUCCGGGGCGUGAUGCUGGCCAGCCGCGGCUUGGGCCAGGGCUGGGCUUUCUGCUACCAGUGCCAAAGCCAGGUGCCACCACGUAGUGGGCAUUGCUCCGCCUGUCGUGUCUGCAUCCUGCGUCGGGACCAUCACUGCCACCUCUUGGGCCGCUGCGUGGGCUUCCGCAACUACCGGCACUUCCUGUGCCUACUGCUCCACGCCUCUGGUGUCCUGCUUCAUGUCUCUGUGUUGCUGGGUCCUGCCCUGGCAUCCCUGCUGCGGACCCAUGCGCCCCUCCACACUGCCGCCCUCCUCCUGCUGCCCUGGCUCAUGCUGCUCACAGGCCGAGUGUCUCUGGCCCAGUUUGCCCUGGCCUUUGUGAUGGAUACAUGUGUGGCAGGUGCGCUGCUCUGUGGGGCUGGGCUGCUGUUCCAUGGAACACUGCUGCUGCGGGGCCAGACCACAUGGGAGUGGGCUCGGGGCCAGCACUCCUAUGACCUGGGUGCCCGGCACAACCUGCGGGCAGCCCUGGGGCCUCGCUGGGUCCUCAUCUGGCUCUGGCCCUUCCUGGCUUCUCCUUUGCCUGGGGAUGGGAUCACUUUCCAGACCACAGCUGAUGUGCGGCUUAUGGUGUCCUGACUCCAGGGGGAGCCAAAACUAAAUGGGGCAGAGAGGAGCUUGGGGGUGGGGGGGUGCAGUUAACAUGUUUCCAGCAGCACCUCCAGGCACAGGAGGGAAGCCAGGUUGUCUCUUAAUGCCUGGAGUAGAGCACUCUCGCCCUUUCUCAGCCUUUCUUGCCCCUGCCCAACUUCCAGCUUGGGCUCAGGUCUUGUGACUAUGCAGCUGGGCAGAGAUUACAGAGGAGUCUGGCAAGGGGUUUCUCAGCUGCCCCUCUCUGCCACACUAAUAAAGUGACCAUUAGGUCCUUGGCCUUCCUCUGUCCUUCACUGGGUUUUUCUUUUUUUUUUUUUUUUUGAGACAAGGUCUCACUAUGUAACCUAGGCUGGCCUUGACUUCAAAGCAAUCCUCCUGCCUCAACCUCUUAAGUGCUAGGGUUACAGCUGUGCAUCACCAGGCCCAGCAUUUUACUGGGUUUCUAGUCCUCAUUUUGUUGUCCUCACUGCUGUUGCUGGUACCUCUUUUAGGCCUGGAAACCACAGGUGUCCAAGAGGCCAGGGCUGUGCUUCCUCUGGUCCUGGCAGGGAAGUGGGAUACAGGGAGUGAGAAUCCAGACUUCACAGUCCCACUCUCUAUGAUUGGAAGCAUUUCUACAAUGCUCUAAGAGCUUCUAAGUUUGGAACCUCUCUUAGCUACUGUGGUAUAUACUGAGUGGCAAUUAUACUUCUUAUUUGGUGAGUGAAAAAUGAGCUAGUACAUAGAGGAGACAGGAUUUGAACUCAGGUCUUUCACCUUUCACCUCACCAUGCAAAGGGAGUAGAAAAAAAAAAAUCAAGGCAGAGCAGCCAGCUGGGUCUCAAAGAGGAUGGCUGUGUCCCUCUGUGACUCUUUGGAGCUGUGUGUCCCACCUUUUUAUGUAAAUAUAGGAAACAGCAGGCUUGAACCCAUGAGUUUAUCUCUGCUCUUAGAGCCUCUCUGAAAUGAUACUAAAGAUAUAAAAUAGAUAAAAAUUUACAAGAGAAAGGAAUAUAGGAGAUAGAAGUAGGUCAGAAAGGUUGACUUUUUCUUUUGAGACAGGAUCUUACUAUGUAGUGAAACUCAACAGCAAUCCGGAAUCAGCUUCCCAAGAGCUGGUAUCACAGAUGUUCACCACUACUCCUAGCUCUUAACAAUGAUUUAAAAGAUAGAAGGCUGUUAAGAGCCCUGUUCACCCUCUAGCAGUGAAUUAGAAAUUGAAGUAGCAUGUUCUGAGGGCCUGAGACACAAGCAGAACAGCCCCUUUCUGAGAGGCUCAGGAAUUCCAUGGGUAGGGUAGGCAGAGGGGGCUUGGGGCCAGCCAUGGGGACAGAGGGAAAGUGUCUAAGGAGCUGCUGGGUGCAUCUCACCUGAGCAGCCAAGCAGCUACCUCUCUGUGGUACAGUGGUUUUACUAGAAGAGAAACUGGAUCAGAGGACCUGUGGGUCUUGAGGAAACUGAGGAAGAUGGGGUGAGGGGCUGGACCAAAACUGAGAUGAAGUGAAAGACCACAGUUAAUGUCGUGGCCCUCCUGUAAGAGGCCUGUCUCCCCAGAAUGCUUAAGGGAACCCACCCUCUGACAAAGCUCUGCCCAUGCCAGAGGGUACUAUCUCCUCCAAUCAGCAUGUGCUAUUGCUGUGGUGUGCCCGACCCUCUAUGUGCUAUGUACUGGUAGAUGUGUCUGGUUUCCUCCCUGCGUCGUCCCCUGCCCUCCAAAUACCUUAUUUUUCAUGUUCUUUAUUUAAUGGUGAAGAGAUGCAAGAGAAUAUUUAUACUCCCCAUAUCUACUGUCUUUUUCUCCCAGGAAACUAUCAUUUCUUUUAAAGUCUUUCCUGGCAGAGAACACAUUGUCCUGUCUUAAUCAUUCCCUUACUUUGCUGUAUAGUUUUAUUAUGUUUGUAUUGGUUUUGCAUGUUUUUGAAUUUUUAUAUAAAUGGAAUUGUGGAGUUUAUUCUUCUAUGAUUUUUUUUUUUAACUUAAUGUUAUAUUUCUGAAAUGUAUCCGAAUUACUGCAUGAAGCUGCAGGGAGUUCUGUUUCCCUGCUCUACAGUGAUCUACUGGACAUAUACAUUUAAUUUUUCUACUUUGUUCCACUGGUUAUUUCAUGUAUCAUGAUCUUUGGGAAUCAUCCACUGAGAGCCCUUGCUCUUCCAUAUACAUUUUAGAAUCAGCUUGUCAAAUUCCAUCAGUAACACCUCUUCAAAUGGAACCCUGUCGAAUCUAUAGAUAGAUGAACUUGGAGAAAAUCAGCCUCUACAUGACACUGAAUCUUCCAGUUCAUGAGCAUUUCUCCUCAUUGAAUGUUUUCAAUAAAGCUGUAUCUUUUCUUAUAAAAUUCAUGCCUUGAGUAUUUGAUAUUUUAAUGCUUUAUGUAUGACUUAAGAAAAUAGUGGGCCAGGGAGAUAGCUAAAUAGAAUAAGUGCUUGC